GUUCGCGUCUUCUUGUUUUCGUGCAUGAAAUAAAACCAGCAGCGGCUGAAGCUCAGUGUUCAUCAGUGGAUUUGUAAAGGAUUCUAAUACCUCGUGCCCACUACUCCAAGGAAUAUCAGCAUACAAAGAUGAGGCCUUUGGAUGAAGCGGAAACCACUGCAGUGUUUGAAAAGCUGUUCAAGUUCACAGGCAACAACCUCAAAAACAUAGUUGAGAACCCCUCUCAUGAAGGUCCAGACCCAAAUCCAGGUCGCUACUGCUUUCGUCUCAACAAGAACAAGGUCUACUACGUCAGUGACUCACUAGUAAAGCGUGCAACCAACAUAGCUCGUCUCAAUCUAGUCUCUCUUGGAACUUGCAUUGGUAAGUUCACUCACGGUGGUAGCUUCCACUUAACUGUUCAAUGUUUGAGUUUACUGGCCUCAAAUGCUAAACACAAGGUCUGGCUCAAACCCACCUCUGAGAUGUCAUAUCUAUACGGAAACCAUGUUUUGAAAGGUGGCUUGGGGAGGAUUACAGAAAAUAUUGUGCCCGGUGAUGGGGUGGUUGUGUUUUCAAUGUCAGAUAUUCCAUUAGGUUUUGGGAUUGCCGCCAAGUCUACCCAGGAUUGUAGGAAGUUGGACCCCAAUGGAAUUGUGGUGCUUCACCAGGCUGAUAUUGGCGAGUACUUGAGGAUGGAGGAUGAGCUUUGAUUGAUUGUCAGCUUCUUACUGUUUUUGGUACAUGGUUUUUGCCUGUAUGCACGUCUGCAGCUAAUGUAAGUGGGUCUAUCUGAUGGAUAGCAGGGGAAGCUUUUUUGGGAUAUUGAUGCUUUUCUUGAGUUUUGUUUCUGUUAGUGAUUAUGAGUAGGUACAAGAGGAACUUCUUUCAAUCUAGAUCCUGAUGAUACCUUUCAAUGUUGGCCGUAUAUUAUAGUUCUGGUUUUGUAUUAAGAAUACAUUGUAAUUUUCAUUGCAGCUCUGCAUCCUUUUUGAAGUUAAUCAACGUCAAUAUUUGGUAA